AUGCCUAGCGCAAACCUACACCAUAACAUCAGCAACAACUUGUGCACGAUAUUGAUGGUAGCUUUGGAGCCCUUUGCAGACUCAUCACACUAUAACCUUCAAGACUUCAAGACCUACAUCGAACUUCUAGACCCGGUCGAGAGCCACGGCUCGGAGGAUAACCUCAGGAGUUUGAAGCAGGAGGGCGAGGACUUGUCCAAGAUCGUGGACGAGGUCGGUUCAGACGAAAAGCAGGUAGAGGAGGAGAUGACGGCGAUGACGAAGAAGAUCCAGGAGUUGGAUCAGCAGAUGGAAGAGUCCAGGCUGCAACGCCAGGAUGAAAACAAGGAGUACAAGCAGGCGAUUGCUGACAGCGUCCGUGCAUGCGAUCUGCUCCAGCGGGCCAAGGAUCGGCUCAGCCGCUUCUACACCUCGACGGCCGCAAAAGCCAAAGCAAAGGUUGCCCUGCUGGCGCAGCGUCGGCUCCGCCUCCGGAAAAUCGCUGCCGCCUCCCGCGCUAUUGAGGCUGCAG